AUGUCCUACUCCGUCAGAAAGAUUGGGGUUCCCAACACCCUUGAACACCGCAUUUUCAUCGAAAAAGAUGGUGUCCCAGUGUCUCCCUUCCACGAUAUCCCGCUCUACGCCAAUGAGCAAAAGACAAUUCUUAACAUGGUUGUCGAGAUUCCUCGCUGGACUAAUGGAAAGCUUGAGAUCACCAAGGAGGAGCUUCUCAACCCCAUCAAGCAGGACGUAAAGAAGGGAAAGAUCCGGUUUGUCCGCAACUGCUUCCCUCACAAGGGUUACCUCUGGAACUACGGUGCUUUCCCCCAGACUUGGGAAGACCCUUCCACCAUCCACCCAGAGACUAAGGCCAAGGGUGACAACGACCCGCUCGACGUUUGCGAGAUCGGUGAGACCGUUGGAUACGCUGGUCAGAUCAAGCAGGUCAAGGUUUUGGGUGUUAUGGCUCUUCUUGACGAGGAGGAGACCGACUGGAAGGUCAUUGUCAUUGACGUGAACGACCCGUUGGCCCCUAAGCUUAAUGAUAUUGAGGAUGUGGAGCGUCACCUUCCUGGCCUCCUCAGGGCCACAAAUGAGUGGUUCCGUAUCUACAAGAUCCCAGAUGGCAAGCCUGAGAACCAGUUCGCGUUCUCUGGAGAAUGCAAAAACAAGAAGUACGCUACUGAUGUCAUCCGUGAGUGUGCUGAGGCCUGGGAGAAAUUGAUCACUGGAAAGAGCGACCCCAAUAGCAUCUCUCUUACCAACUUGACUGUUUCCCAGUCCGGCCAUCACCGCGUUGACCCCAGCUCGCUCCCCCCGAUUCCUCAUGGAGAAAACCUUGCACCCGCUCCCAUUGACCCGAGCAUCGACAAGUGGUUCUUCAUCUCUGGUGCUGCCAUGUAA